ACCAGAGGUGUUUGGGUGGAGCACACCACGCAAUAAUUCUUAUAAUCAUUUUCCGUUAGUAGAAAUAAUAAAAAGCAAUACGGAGUAGAAAAAACUAGAACUGUACUGGUUUUUUUUUUCCCACCCAAAUAUUAGGCUGGGUCUGCCCCUGGUGGCUGGUGCCGAGUUGCCAGCUGUCACCUUACAAAAAUGACCGCGUAUCCCUGGCCGCGAUUGACGAUUUUGCGAGCCGCCGGCGUAUCUCGAUCUUUCCCGUUUUAGCCUCAUAAGAUGGGCCGUCCGAUCUCCUGACGGCUGGAUAGGCUCGUUUGUCCGCCCGUGACACGCGCCGCUGUCCAGCACCUCUGUGUUCCACGCGUCUCAGCCACGUGUGAGUCUAGUGCCACGACUCAACGGCGUCGUGCCCUCUCGUAGCACUACUUGACGCGCCGAUCCAUGCACACGCCGCAAAAUACUACAACGCCUUCGCGUUUCGUCGUGAUAUCAUCGAAGUCCUUUGCAAGCCAACAACGAACCUGAACCGGGAAUGGCGGAAGCCAGGGACACCACGGCCGGCAACAGAGUCGACGACCAGCAGAACGGUCGCGGCGUGGCAGCAGCCCCACCGACCGCCGCGAGAGGCAGCGCGACCAUAUCCAUCACGAUCGUCCUCCUCGCGCUUCUCGUGGCCUCGGUCGCGGCGUUCCUCGUGUCGUCGCCGCCAGAAGGCAAACCGCGGAUGGAGAUGGAGGGAGCUGGCUUUGGUAGCGGCCGCUCCGGCGCCGAGCCGGUGGAGCAGGCCGUCGGCCAUGGCGUCCCCGGGUUCAACAGCCGGCUGGACGCGUUCCGCGCGUGGGCGAAGCUGGCGUGGAUGAAGCUUCAGCGGCGGCGCUCCGAUGAGCCUCGGUAUGACACCGGUGGAGUCGCCGGCUCAGCAGCUGAGGCGUCCAAGAAGAGCAUGGAAAUGGGCAAAGAGACCGUGGAGCAGGCGGCGGCCACCGCGGCGGAUGCCAUGGGGAUGGCCAAGGACAAGGUGAAGGGAGCGGCCGCGCCAUCCUCCGAUGCAGAGCUCUGAGCAGAGCAUGUAGUCGCCGGCAAAGCGUGUAGUCGUAGUGUAAGUUGUUGCGCCGUGUAAAAUGUAAAUGUGAUACAUACACUAUGUACUCGUGGAUAGUUUUCUGGAGGGCUCGUCAA